AUGGCGAUAUCUCACUUCCAGCCUUUGAUUCUUCUUCUUCUUGUGUCACUCUUUGUCUUGCCUGCUUUGAGCGUCAGUUUCGGUAACUGCAGGAGUCGUAAUGAAUAUCCGGUUAACGUCGCGACUGUAAACAUCUCUCCGUACCCAGUUAAGCGUAGUACUAAUGGAAACUUUACGAUAACCGGAAAUACAAGCAAAGACAUCCCUGAUGGAGCUACUGUGAAACUCGAACUUUCGACGUUUGUUCCGAUCUCUGAGAAAACAUACCCACUCUGUGAUGUAACGACAUGCCCCGUUAAAACUGGCCCCUUUGUCAUUACUUUAUCUAACGUAUUCACUCCGAAAGAAAUCAAAUCAGGUGGGUAUGCUGUUACAGUAAGCAUCACGGAUGAGGAUGUGAGAGAGCCAAUGAUGUGUGUCGUGUUUGCUUGUAAGAUCAAAAGAGGUUAUGCGUCUCUGCUUAGUCAAGUUACCGAAUGA